AUUAAUUACUUAAUUAAGUACUUUUUUUUUUCCUUCUUGUUAAUAUUUUUUUUUCUUUCAAGAAAAAUAAUGUGGGAUCUGAAUGGCUCACCUGAAUGGAAAAAAGAUGAUCAAGAUGAAGAAGAAACUUUAGGAUAUAAUAAUAAUAUUAAUAAUAAUAAAGGCAAACAAAUAGGCGAAGGAUCUAAUUCCAGCUCAUCAGUGAUGCUUAUUGAUCAAGACAACGAAUCCGAAGACUAUGAUGACGAAGAAAUUUAUGACCAACAGCAACAUAUGACCGGUGAUAGCAGGUUAUUUGGUUUUUCUAUGACCGGCAACGACUAUAACCCACCGGUUACACAUCAGUUUUUUCCGUUAGAAGAUAAUGGUUGUACUACUAGUGUUGGAGACAUGACGAUGACGUCAUCGUCGCCACAUAAUAUUAGUAUUAAUACUAGUGUUCCUGCUGCUGCUGCUAACUGGGUCGGUGUGAGACUCGCCACCGGUGGGGGUGGGUUUCCGGCCGGUGGAAAUAGGGUGGUGGUUAGUGGUGGUGGUGAGGUUGUUGUUGCACCGCAACCGCUAAAAAAGAGCCGGCGUGGACCCCGGUCUAGAAGCUCUCAAUAUCGUGGUGUUACCUUUUACAGGCGAACCGGCCGAUGGGAGUCCCACAUAUGGGAUUGUGGGAAACAGGUGUAUCUUGGUGGAUUUGACACGGCACAUGCAGCUGCACGGGCUUAUGAUAGGGCAGCAAUCAAGUUUAGGGGUGUGGAGGCUGACAUAAACUUUAGUCGUGAAGACUAUGAGGAGGACCUAAAACAGAUGAGCAAUUUAUCGAAGGAGGAGUUUGUUCAUGUGCUUCGAAGACAAAGCACAGGUUUUCCUCGUGGCAGCUCGAAAUAUCGAGGUGUCACAUUGCAUAAAUGUGGUCGAUGGGAAGCUCGAAUGGGCCAGUUCUUGGGCAAAAAGUAUGUGUAUCUGGGUCUUUUUGACACUGAAGUUGAAGCUGCCAGGGCUUAUGAUAAAGCUGCAAUUAAAUGCAAUGGGAAGGACGCCAUUACAAAUUUUGAUUCCAAGAUUUAUGAAAAUGAGCUCAACUCUAGUGAAUGUUCGAACAACAACAACAAUAAUACAUCGGGUCAUGAUCUUGAUUUGAGCUUAGGGGGAAGUUCAGCCUCAAAUAAGCCUCGAAACAUAGAAUUUGGAGACAAUCCGCUAAUUCCUACAAACCACCCCUCUAAUUCGAUCCAAUUUGGGUUUCGUGGACCAGUGGCAUCCGGGGCUGGUGGGGUUGAUGGAAGGAUAAGAGACGGGUAUAAUGAUAUUGAGACAUUCCAGCUUUUGAGCCAGACUCGCCUACAAUCUCCUACCGGAUCUUUUCCAAGCAACAAUGAAGCACAUGGAUACGGGCAUUUUAUGCAACCAACUGCCCCGUCUAUGUUUCAUGUGUUUAACCCGACUGUCAUGAACUCGGCAGGUCAUCAAAUGCAGUUUCCGAGCAGCACCACACUUGGGGGAGUAAGUAACCAAAGUACUCCCCACCAAAUAUAUGCAAAUAGUGCUGCAGCAUCAUCAGGAUUCCUACAGCAAAGAUUUCACAUGCGACAGCCUCCAUAAAACUCUCACACCAAUUGGCUAUAACGUACGUACAGUCAUUAACAAAUCAUAGCAGUCAGAACCUAUAUUGUCUGAUAAAAGAUGUUUUUGCCCCUGUGUUCUUUGACCAUGAACAUCAAUGUUUUUGUAAGUGUUGAAAAUGUAGCACAACUAAAGAUUCGGCUGGGUACUUUAGAAAGUUGACUUGCUUAGCAACUAAUGUUUGUGUAUGGCACAACUAAUUAAUUAAUUAUAUAUAUUUAGUCAUCAUC